AUGCUUACAAAGCGUUUGGGCGCAGUAGAAGCCAUGAUCGGACGACUGCCAGGAGUGGCUCCACCAAUUCGAAAAAGCAACUUGCACUCGUAUGCCGAUACACCUUUUUCUGAUGAAAUUGCACUCACGGAGAUGCCGAGAAAAUUCACGUUACCAACAAUGAAGAUGUAUGAUGGAACAGCCGAUCCGGAUGACCACAUAGCACAAUACAAGCAGCGAAUGUUCACGACGGCCAUCCAAAAAGAGUGCAGGGAAGCUACUAUGUGCAAGGGUUUUGGCUCAAGCCUAACGGGCGCAGCACUUCAGUGGUUUAUCAACCUGCCAAAUGGCUCGAUCAACUCAUUUGCAUCGUUGACAGAUCUCUUCGUUGAGCAAUUUGCAAGCAGCAGGAACCUGGAGAAGACAGCGGAUGACCUUUAUGAGGUACGACAAAAGAGAGACGAGUCGUUGCGUGCCUAUGUGGGACGCUUCAACAAGGAAAAAGUAUCGAUACCCAGUUGCAACACGUCAACCGCCAUCUCCGCAUUUAAAAGAGGCUUGCUUCCAGACGGUGACUUGUACAAGGAGCUUACGAAGUAUCAGUGCAGAACGAUGGAAGACGUGCUUUCACGCGCAUGGGCGCAGAUAAGGUGGGAGGAAGACUCGGCUUACCACCAGCGACGUUCACCACGAUCUGAUUCACGUGUGGAGAUGGGUGAAACCGUGAGAUGGCCUCCAAAGAUGAAGGCACCUGACAACAAACGUAACACCUCAAGGUGGUGUGAAUUCUACGAUGAUAACGGCCACAUGACAGAAGAUUGCAUCUCAUUGAGGAUGGAAGUGAAUGAGCUGUUGAAAAAAGGAUACUUGAGAGAAUACUUAUCUGACAAAACCCGCAACCGCCUGGAAGGCGAAAACAAUAAGCAAAAAGCAAUUACAGAUGGUCCAUCUUCACCCCCAAAACAUGAUCGAGUCAUUAACGUUAUCUCUGGAGGAUCAGAGAUAAGUGGAAUAACUCACUCAGCUGCGAAAAGAAAUACCAGAGCUGUCAGGAACCCUCAGAACAAAGGGCAAGCUACACAAGGCGACACACCGUCAUACACCAUAACUUUUACGACUGAUGAGAGCAGCGUACCAACUCUGCAUCAUGAUGCAUUAGUCAUACAAUUGACUGUGGCCAACUGUUUGAUGAAGAGAAUAUUAAUCGACAAUGGAAGCUCAACAAACAUCCUUUAUAUGCAAGCAUACAAAGAGUUGGGUCUUGAUGAAGGAGGAUUGACACGAAAAUCUAUCCCUUUAGUAGGGUUCAGCGGUGAGGUCAAACAGAGUAUUGGUGAAGUGACACUUCCGGUAUAUGCUGAGGGAGUUAACAAACACACAAAAUUUUUGGUAGUGGAUUGUGCUUCGGCGUACAAUGCUAUCAUGGGACGCCCUUGGAUUCACGACAUGGCUGCUAUUCCAUCAACUCUACACCAGACUAUCAAGUUUCCCACCCCAUGGGGAGUGAAAGAGAUAUUAGGCGAACAAGAAAGCUCACGUUCAUGCUACCAAACUACCUUGAAGGGAAAGGGUCAACAAUUAUAG